GGUCUGGAUAUCUGUCUUGUCUAUCCCACUCUCGCUCUCCUCUCUUUUUUCCUUCCCUCUCCCACAGAGACCUUUUCAGGCUCUUGGUCUCUGAGGCCAAGCCAAGACCCGAGGCCAGAGAGAGACCAAGACUGCCUGAGGGCCAGUGAACACUGUGCCCAGGAUGCCAGCUGCAGUGCUCGGCUCCGCACACUUCGCCAGUGUGUGGCAGGAGAUGGUGUAGCCAAACUGGGGCCUGAUGCCCAGAGCCAGUGCCAGAGCACGAUCCAAGCACUGCUGUCCAGUAGUCUCUAUGGCUGCCGAUGUCGGCGGGGCAUGAAACGGGAGAAAGACUGCCUGGGCGUGUAUUGGAGCCUGCGUCACACCCUCCCACAAGGGAUGAUGCUAGAAAGCUCUCCCUAUGAGCCUUUCAUUAGCAGCUUUGACUACGUUGGAUUGGCAGCUAUUACAGCAGGGUCGGAGGGCGAGAGCCCUUCCCCGCGGGAGAACCGCUGCCUGGACGCGGCCAAGACUUGCAACAUAGACGGGCUGUGCCAGCGACUGCGCGCGGACUACGCGGCCGUGUGCCUGCGGGCCGGCGCCCGUGGCUGUCCCCGCUCCCGCUGCCACCGGGCCCUGCGCCGCUUCUUUGACCGGGUCCGGCCGGCGCUCAGCCACGCGCUGCUUUUCUGUCCUUGCCGACCCGGGGAUGCAGCGUGCGCCGAGCGCCGGCGGCAGACCAUCGUGCCAACCUGCUCCUACAGCCCCAGCAGCCCCCGCCUUCGCGUCGCCUCGGUCCAGCCCAACUGCUUGGAGCCGCUGGACACCUGCCGGCGGGGGUACGUCUGCAGGGCCCGUUUGGCUGACUUCCAGGAGGCCUGCCAGCCAUCCCCGCUCGCCCUCAGUGGAUGCAUCCGCGAGGAUUCCCCGGGCUGCCUACGGGCCUACACUGGCAUUCUGGGGACUCCCAUCACACCCAACUAUGUGGACAACGUGAGCACCGCUGUAGCACCUUGGUGUAGCUGCCGCUCCAGUGGGAACAGACUUGAAGAAUGUGAGACCUUUCUGGGGCUCUUUGUGGGAAACCCCUGCCUCCAAAAUGCUAUCCUGGCUUUUGGCAACCAGACAGCCCUGAGUCGGGACCCCUCUGCCAUCCCACCUAAAAUCUACCUACAGGAGCCCUUCUUCAACCAACUGAAGCCCCACCCAACCACCCAGGUAACAAUUUCCCGAGCCUAUCCAGGCUCCAAGUUCCCUUCAGAGGCCCCUCAGCUCCACCCAGCCUGA